AGACAAGAUUCAAAAGACAAAUUCUGAUGUUUUAUAUUUUACUGAAGCCGACAGGGGGCAUUGAACCGUAAUUUGUAAACGUUAUAGUAAAUUUAGCAUACACAGUCGACAAUAUAAAACUUACCUUGUGGAUCGAAGCUGCAGUUUCUGUCAGGACGAUUUAAAUUAGGCUACAGGCGCAAAACCAGUUGCUGAGUUGAUUCUGAAAUAAACACAUCAGUGGCUUUAAAAAACCUUAACAUAACACAAUAGCUGUAACCUGUUGGAUUAUUUUAAUUAUGUAUAGUGUUCUCUCCGAAGCAAGCGUACAGAGAGGCAGGUGGGAAGUACGCGUGUGAGGAGGCGUGGCUACUUUCACCAUUAAAGUGCUCGUGCUGGUAGGUGAUGGCGUUUGACAUGCAGAUCAUCUGAUGACUUUCUUCAAACAAUGGACGUCAGUUGAUCCAACAGUUGGUGCUUUGAAAUAAACCAGAUAAUUUUAUUUACUGGGCAUUGGACAUCAUUUGAGUCUGCCAAUGGAUGGAGCUCCAGUUGUAACCAUGGCAACUCUACCUCAUCAUCCUCGUGGAACCUCCAGCUGCUUUCAAAAUGAGACCUCACCCUUCAGAUGUACCACACAGCCCCCACCUCCUUUGGGCCCACCUGCCCCACCACCACCACAAUCGGCCUUGCCACCUCCACCUCCUCCUCCGUUGGCCCUACCACCACCACCUCCUCCUCCGUUGGCCCUACCACCACCACCUCCCCCGCCCCCUUCACAUAUGGGGGACCCCUUCACAAGGACUGUCCACCGGCGCUCCAAAAUGCGUAACUUCAAUUGGGAUGCCAUCCCCAGGCACAGCGUUGUAGGCAAGCGCAAUGUGUGGACGGCCCAACGCAACCUUGAGGACUUUGAGCUGGACACAAAGCGCAUGGAGGAGCUUUUCAGCCACAGUGAGCAGCACGGUGCAGUUCGGAAGGGUGGGACAGUGCGGAAAAGUGUGUGGGGGCUUUCGCAAAUGAUUACAGAGACUGAGAAUGUUUCAAUUAUCAACUCCAAGAAAAGUAUGAGUAUUGGAAUUUUGCUGAAACAGUUUAAAAGGUCAGCAAAGGAUAUUGUGGAUGCUGUAAGGCACGGCAAUCUGUGCUUUGCUUCAGGUAAACUAAGAGAGCUCAGCAAGCUUCUGCCUGAUGACUUGGAGUCAAAGAAACUGGUGUCGUUCAAUGGGGAUUUAUCUCAGUUAAAUGAGGCUGACUGGUUUAUGGUGAUGCUGGUUCAAGUGCCGGGGUACAAAGUGAGGUUAAAGAGCCUGCUGCUCCGAGAGGAGUUUUUUCCCUUCGUUGAAGAGAUCAAACACUCAAUUGCUGUCAUGACAACAGCAGCGAAUGAACUGCUUGCUUGUGAUGACUUGCAUUCGAUUAUCAGAUUGGUGCUGAAGGCCGGUAACUAUAUGAAUGCUGGUGGCUACGCAGGCAGUGCUAUCGGCUUCAGGAUGAUGUCAUUACUCAAACUGGUAGACACCAAAGCAAAUAAACCUGGCAUGAACCUUAUGCACUAUGUGUCUAUGCAAGCUCAACAGAUCGAUGAGGUUUUGCUGCAAUUCCCUGAACAGCUUCAGCACAUUGGGAUUGCUGCGAGAAUCCAAAAACAAGAGGUGGAGAUGGACUUUCAAAAGGAACUGGAGAAAAUUAGGCAAGCAAAAACCGAUGCCAGUAAACAGCCAGAUCUCCAACAUCAGAUGGAAGCAUUUCUUCGAAUGGCAGACAUGCGGCUUGCCGAUGUUGAAGCCUCCCUUCAGGAACUGGACACCAUCAGUAAAUCUGUAGCCGAGUAUUUCUGCGAAGACCCGUCCACAUUUAAACUAGAGGAGUGUUGCUCUAUCUUUCAUUCCUUCUGUGAGCGGUUUGAGAGAGCUACACAGGACAACCGCGAACGAGAGGCUGCAGAGACUCGCAAGCAACAGCAGAGAGAACGAGAAGUGCUGACCAGAACGGCCAAGCGUCGGUCCACCGCCACGUGCUCCGACCGAGAUGUGAAGGAUGACGCCUCUGCUCUAGAAUCCGUGCUGACAAGUUUCCUCAACCAGCGCGCUCCUCGCAGGAGGCCCGGCGGACUCUCGCCUGUCACGGACAGCCCUGUAAAAUUCAACAAAAACAACAUCCCUCAGGUUGAGGAGCGUGAGGGCAGCGGGGAUCUGGACAGCCCUACCAAGGCCAAAGAGGAGGAAACCAAUAUCUGUGACUCGGAAAGCUCACGGGUACGAGAACCAGAAGAAAGCUGCCAGAAAGAAGAGGUCGCAUCUUGUGCUGUUGAUGACAUUCAGCGUGCACGUGCUGCGUCGAAGAGAGGACACUGCAUUGAUGAUAACCUGAUUCCUGAAGGAAAUGAAUGCAAAAAAGAGAACAGAGAAGCUUUAGUGGCAUCCGAGGAUGAAGACGUGGUCAAAGAAGAGGUGAAGAAUAAUAGAGACGUGAAUAAAGGAGAACUGGAGGAAGAGAAAAGAGAAGAGGAAGAUAAAAUGCCUGAGCUCACCGGUAAGGUCAUACGCUUUCAAGAUUGCAUCGGAGGCCUGACUGAAACCUCAACACCCGGUCGUUCGCGAGCUCACAGCGUGUGCACGUCCACCCCUCGCCAGAGGGAGGUGGAUCUAGCUUUGCAGAAUGGGAUAGGAGGUCUGGGUUCACCGUGGACCAUACUUAGCCCCCGCAUCUCCCCUCAUAACACUCCACACCAUAACACUCCACACCGUAGCACUCCACGCCGUAGCACGCCUCAUCGCAGGCACUCUUUUAACCUUUCAAGGUUUGACAUUCUCGAUGAUGGCGUUUGGGCAUUACCUGACACACCUGUACGCAGCAAGCCCCCAUCUUUGGCUCACAUUGGCAAGAUUUGCUCAGAGGAUGGCGUUUCGUGUUCUCUGGCGAGUCAGAAUGCAGGUGUGGCAAGUGCGUCUUCACUACCAGACUGUCCUUCAAAGCGAAUCCCAGCGCAGGGGACGUUUGUGAGGUCUGUCUCGCUUACUGAUGAAAAAGAGCCAGCACUCAACCUCAAACUGGGACAGAUCUUUCAGAGACGUACAGGACAGGACCUUCCUCCAGAUAAAAGACCAGAACCCUCCGCGCUUGUAACUUUCUUUCGACGAUUCGGGGACAGACACAGGGCGGGAACAUUCAGUUAAAGGAAUGCCUUUCCAACUGUCUAGUUUUAACUGGGUUUUACCUCUACGGAUUUGGGGAUGACAUUUUAUUAUACCCGACACAAUUGAUGACGAAUGAAGACAAACGGGAAAUUGUAACAUUCGUGAUGUCUGUUGUGUUUAAAGGAACACGGUACAGAUGUCAUCGUCUUGAUAUUUUACCUGUUUUUAUUUGAAGACUUCAGCAUUGUUGUUACUAACA